GUCAGAUCAGAUGGUGACGGGGGGCGUGUGUCAGACCUCCAGGUGCUGUAACUAUGACGUGCAAUUUCCACAUGUUCUAGUCCCACAGGCUCCAGUUCUGAGCGAGAUCUCCCGGCCACAGGUCCUGGCCCCCGGGGAGCCGGUUACACUGAGCUGCCAAAUAUCCAAGUUCUACCCCAAGGAGCUGAGAGUGACCUGGCACCGACGGGGAAGAGGAGAGUCAGCGUUCAGGCACUUAGACAACCCGGACACCCACAAGAUUGUCACCCCAGACCCUACAGCCGCGUCAGAUGGGAAAUCCUACAGCGUGACAUCCCAGCUCCGCUUCACCCCCGUGCUGCCCAAGGACGACGGGGCAAAGUACCUGUGUUCUGUGGAACAUCAAACCCUACAGGAGCCUGAAGGGAAAUCCACUGGGCCGCUGGAGCUGCGAGCCCUGCCGCAGGUGUCUAGGAUCCAGGUGUUAUCGCACUGGGAGCCCCGGGAUCAGGUGCCGUUUGCUGUCCAGAUCCAGAACUUUUACCCUGGGAGGAUUCACCAGAUCCAGUGGAGCUGGGACGGGGCAGAGAGCGGAAGAGACGAGACCCCAGAAAUCAACCAGAAUCCGGAUCUCACAUUCAGUGCUACCAGUGUCUGGAGAAUCCCCAGCCGGGGACUGAACCGUUCGGAGCUCAGAGUCCGAGUGUCCAUUCAGCAAAGCCCCCGAGAUGUCCCGAUCAAGAGAGAGAUCAGAGCUGGGGACACAGGUGUCCUGCGGCCCCCGGAGGUGUCGGAAAUCUCCCAACCCCAGUCAGUGACGGCGGGGGAGGAAAUCACCCUGAGCUGCCGCAUGAAGGGACAUUUCCCCGGGGCGCUGAGUGUGACCUGGCUCCGGAGGGGCAGGGGGGCCGGGGCUGCUGUUCCCCUGCAGGGCUCUGCCGAGUACAGAAUCGAGCCCGGAGCUCCCCACACACAGGACGGGAAAAGCUUCCAGCAGGAGACGAGACUCAGCUUCACCUCCUCGCUGCAGAGAGACCAGUGGGCCGUGUACAUCUGCCGGGUGGGACACGUCGCCCUACAGACCCCCCUGGAGAGACGCAGCCGGGAGCUGCAGGUGACGGGUCAGUGUCUCUGUCUGAAAUCUCUGGUCACUGGAGCAUCUGGUCCAUUCCGCGGGUGAAGGGAAACAGCCGAACACAGCCCGUGAAAUCGGAGCAGUUCUGCCCCCAUCAGCCCCUCGCUGACCCCCACGUGUCCCCCACGCUGGAGCCCCAGUGAGUGCAGGGGCCGGGUGCUCAGUCCCUCACCCCUGGGGACGGUGCAGCCCCUCCCCUCUCCCUGCCAGCCGGGCCCAUGUACCUUCGGGGGGCAGCCCCACCUCCCCCCACUCCCUUUGGGGGGCUGCAGCCCCACGCUCCUGUGAGUGAAGGGGCUGCAGCUGUCUCCGGGGCUCUCAUUGUGGUGGGGAAUGGGCAGAAUGGGGGGUGCGGCUCCUUGUUCCCUCCCCGUGCUCCCCACUUCUGGGCCAGGCCUCGCACAGCCCUGAGUCUCCCAGUGGGAACAAGCCCACGUCUGGCUCCCCUCCCCUCUGGGGCAGUGGGGAGUCGCC